ACUCUCCGAGACUACUCGUUCAUCUAAGUCAUGUUUAAGAUUCGUUCAAACAGAUCGAAUCGUUCAUGAACGACCCAUCACUAAUUUAGCUGUGGAGCUCUGCGGAUUCGGUGCUCUAAAAAAUGGAGCUAAGGCUCUUAAAUAGUUAUUGUAGUUGUGUCUUGUGGCUUUGUAGCUUUGCGUUAUGCGCCAUCAUAGGUACGCAUCCAGUUGCUUCUAUAGAAGUGUACACACAAGGGGAGAUGUUUGUAGAAAAUGGAACUACUGGAGUACUUGAGUGUAAUUUCAAAUCAAAUCAAGUGAUCAGUAGUCAAGCAUCAGUCUCCUGGUCUUUCGUCCCAGAGGGCUCUUCAGAGUCUACUGGUGAAACUGUCUUCUAUUAUGCUGGUGGUAAGGAAUUUCCUGGCACCCACCAGUUUAAGGACAGAGUUAAGUGGGCAGGUGACCUGAACAAAAAAGAUGCCUCAAUUCACAUCAUUAAUAUGCAGUUUGCUGACAAUGGCAUCUACGUCUGUGAUGUGAAGAACCCUCCUGAUGUUGCAGGCAAAGCUUCAGUGACCAGAGCUGUGAUAAGAGAUGGUCGGCUCUUCUGACACAGCCAGGUUCUCCGGAAGGGGAGAUUUGUCUGGGCGAGUGGAACCACGACUCCUUUCAUUCCACAAAUACACCCACGUCAGAGUUAAGAACGUAUGCGGAGACAAAACCUAGUCCCAAAGACACAGCAAUAAAUAGAUACAUAGCACAAAAAGCAAUGGAAAACAAUAUCCCCGCUGGUGUCUAUUACCAGCUGAGGUACUGAUAGUGGAGAAUGAUUUAAAAAAAAUUUAUUGAUUGACUUGAACUGUGGCAUAAUAUUAACUAAUAUGUAUUUUAUAUAAAAAACUGAAUAUGACUUUAUGGGGGAUCACUUGCAGCAUUUGGUCCGAUGGCUAUGAUCAGAUUAAAGCAUUGGAGCUUUUCAGAACUGUCUCCUGCUUUGAAACCUCUGGACACCAUCUGAUAUGAACCUCUCUGUAUAACACAAAAGAAUGACUUCUCAUAUUAGUGUCUGCAUCCCACAUUACUACUCCUGUGCACUUCUGACUAAUUUAGCAUGCUUCCUUUUUCUUCUGAGACAUUAAAUCAUGUUAAAUAAAUCAUAAUUCUACAUGGC